AUGCUCGGCCGCUCGAGUUGGACGACCUCGUCCGCCUCAACCCCGCCGACCGCCGCCAGUAUCUUCUAUACGCAGUGGACGCGUGAGCAGUCGUCAUCCAAACUCUAUCGCGCGUUUGCCCGUGGGUACGCGCGGCCAAUCGUUCUUGCGGGUGUCCUCAAGGUCGUCUAUCUCGCGCUCCAGUUCAUCAGGCCCCUCUUGGUAAAGCACCUCGUUAUAUACCUCGGCGCGCCAUCAAAGUCGCUCUCCAUUGGCUUGCAUUACACGCUCGCCGUGUUGACCUCGGGCAGUCUGGAAUCGCUGGCGCUUCGGCACAACUAUUUUGGCUGCUACAAGGGCGGGCUGCGGCUCCGGUCAGCCGUCGUCAUGGCGAUCGCCGUCACGUGCGUCUUCAUGUGCAACGAGCUCGGUCUUGCGUUCUUUGGCGGCGUCGGCGUUCUCUGCCUGCUCGUCCCGACGACGUGGGUGCUGACGAAUAUCAUGCGCGUCUACGUCAGUCUCCACAUUGUAUCGAGCAUCGCGUACCUCGACGUUUGCAACGGUCUUGUCCACGCCCCAAGGACCUUUUUUGACACGACGCCGCUCGGCCGCAUUCUCAACUGUCUCUCGAAAGACGUCUACGUUCUCGACGAGCAGCUUCCAAAGAGCAUUCACAACGUCGUCGGCACGACCCGCGUUUACGUCGGGCCGAGCUGUGCGCUCCAGCGCCUCGACACGCCUCCAUGCGUUUUUGAUGAAACGCUCGACGGUUUCGUGUCGAUGCGCGCAUACCACAUUGAAGACAUCUGGCGUGCGUCGCACGCGCGCCUUGUGGACCGCAACCAGCGCGCGCACUUUCUCAGCGUCAGUACGACGAGCUGGGAUGAGUUCCGGCGUUUGCAGGCCGGCGUCGCGCUCUCGUACUGCCCAUCGAUCCCAAUCCAUUGGCUCGUGCCAACGUACAUGGAGCUUCAACUGCACAUGAGUGUUUCCGUCGAGCGCCUCGAUGCCAAUGCCGCACUCGACAAUCAAGACAACGUCGACAGCAACGACCCAGCCACAGUGGCCGCAGACCACCUUGACUUUGAGAGCGUCCAUCUGCACUCCGCCCGGGCCUUGCAUGCGUCCACCACGACCUCUGCUUGA